GAGAUUGUUUUCUGAAAUGAAGAGACGAGGUGUCAGCAAAAUGGCGAAGAUAAAUGAUUCUGAUGUCGCAGAUCAAAAUGCACAAUCGAAAGUCGGAAAAUUUACAUUUUGGAAUGGAGAUGUUUACGACGGAGAAUAUAAAAUAAAUUAUGAUCGAUUACUUUUGCUUAAGCAAGGAAGAGGAACAUAUACUACUGAUAAUUUUGAUACGUAUCACGGAGAAUGGGACGAUGAUACGUUUUCUAAUGCCGAUAUUCAUAUUAAUCCAUCACGUUUUCCGCUGGAAACCAUUUCUGGAACGAUAUAUUGUCUGAUGAUAGUACCAUGUGUUCUUCCAAAUCUUUCGAUCAAACUGAAUUGAAUUAACCUACUUAAUCGAAGAUAUUUGAUUUCUCAGUCAUCUUUGUACAUCGAAGGAACUGAGUAUCGGCUUAUAGGCGAUUUAAACAGAGGAUUUUGGUUUAAGCUAAACACAGUUUUCUGUUGCUCCUUCAUGAACU